AUGUCAUCUGGCAGAGUUUCAUACGAGCCUCAUUCAUAUUCGAAAGCGUUCCAAUUUAACGAGGAAUCGGAAAAUCCUUUUGAACCAGAUUCAUCGCACAACGAAGAAAUAUCAGAUAAUCCGUUUGAAUCUGGGGACAUAAGCGACGAAAAGGCAACCUGGGAUCCAGCCAAUCUUGAUACCCACGUCAUUGACUCAGCUAGGGACCAAGACGACGACCCCAACGUGAUGUCUUAUUCUCACGAUUGCAAUCAGCGACCGAGGUCAGCGACAAGCUCGUUUUACUCGCUUGCAAAUGGCCAACUCGAUUCUCAGAGAGCCAGUCGACGAUCCUACACGGAAGAGUACUCCGAGUUUCACGCGGGGAUGGCAAAUGAACCCAACGAACACGACAAUUAUGAUGACGACGAUGACUGGGGCGAUUCUACCCCGAAGAAGCGACUGCACUCUGCAUUCUACACUUCUUUUUCAAUCAGGGGCGUAUUGAAUAUGGGUGCCGUGACCCUCCUAGCCUUGGGCUUAGUAGUUAUCUUCGGCGUUCUCCCAAUAACUACUUAUCGAAGUUCCCAUCGUCAAGCAGCACAACUUGUCGUCAGCAGUGGCGGAAUCGACACAGGAAAUGCCUCAGAUACUCGCCAGAAUACUAUGACGCGGAGAAGAUUUGACGGGGCUGGCCUUCACACAAUCACUUCUGAGGCGUUUGCUAGACACGGCACACUUCGUUCCGGUUUCUCUCCACCCCUAAACGCCGCCCACCAUUGGGACACGUGGGAAACUCUAGACGUCAAAAAGUGGGAGAAAGAACCUCAUUCACCUGCGGAAAAAACAAAAGUGACCUCCGACAACGCCAAGCAAACCCAAAGAAGAAUGGUUGAUUUAGAAUUAUGA